CUCUUUUUUUAUAACAGUGCCACACUGAUCUUCUUGAAUCAUCCUUAAUAUUUUACGAUAAAAUUGAAAAACUGAGUCACAAAAAGCAGAGAGAGAUCGAUUACCAUGGCAGCAUCCAAGCUGCAAGCUUUUUGGAACCACCCCGCUGGCCCCAAAACCAUUCACUUUUGGGCUCCAACUUUUAAAUGGGUCAUCUCCAUAGCAAACGUUGCAGAUUUCUCAAAGCCACCUGAAAAGAUUUCUUAUCCUCAGCAAAUAGCUGUUACAUGCACUGGACUUAUUUGGUCACGCUACAGCAUGGUGAUUAUUCCGAAAAACUGGAAUCUUUUCAGUGUUAAUGUUGCAAUGGCUGGGACUGGCUUGUAUCAGCUAACACGCAAAAUUAAGCAUGAUUACUUUUCUGAGACGGAAGCAGCUGUUGCAAAGGAAUGAUAACAAAAAUCUCAGAUACAUAUAUUAAAAUGGUUUUAUGUUGCCAGCAUUUGUAUAUUUUCAACUCAAUUUCAUGUCACAUUCUCAACAUGCCACUUUCUUUUGGGGGGUGUAUUUCUGGUAAUUCUCAGCUGUAAUUGUAGUUUUUUAGUGCUCCUGUUGGGCUAGCAUGGAGGAAUAGUCAAUGAUCUGAUGUUGAAAAUGCCUUGUUCUAUGUAUUGUUUCUUGCAGUUGAAUUGGGUAGACAGGUUCCUAAAUGUCUUGGUAAGCUUUGUAUAUAUUUGAGAUGAUGUUGUUGAAGGAUUUCUUUUAUACAUUUGGCAUUGUGGAUCAGCCAUUUUGGUAGUAUUCUGAUGUGCAACUUGAUUGGA